GUCAGGAUCCAUGUCCCUCUAUGCAACAGAGAUGCAGCUCAUGAAGAUUCCACCAGAUGUAAAACACAUUGCGAAGGUUUUGGAGGCGGUCAACCAAAGCUUCUUGACAGAAGAUGACGCUGCAGAACUGCUGCAUUGCAGCAGAGAGCGUGUCGUGCAGCUGUGUGGACUCUGCCAAGACCAAACAAAGGAGCUCAAAAGAGAGUUGCGACAACAGGUAUUUGCGUUGACUGGAGGAAAGGAAAUAGAUGGAAAGAUCGCAGCUCCUCCAAGCACGCGGCAACGGAAAGCCAAAGUCAGCAAAUUGGAUUUGUUGUUUCUGGAUCAAAUGGAGUACCAGCUGAAAGUUCUGGGAUAUGAACCUCGAUGUGACACCUGGAUUCCAGAUCCGUUUUCAGAUCCAGCGGAUCCUCCAGAGAAUCUCCCGGAUGCAGCAAGUGCUCGAGGUCCACUCACAAGAUCUGAAUAUUUUCAUGGCAAAAAAUGGCCGCAGAUUUCUUGGUUUUUAGGACGACUGAAAGCCAUGGGAGCCUCGCACAAUGCUUUUGCACACGUCUUGGAUGUGGGAGGAGGUCGUGGAGACUUAGCGAUUCACGUUGCAUCAACUUUUGGAGUGAAAGUCACGGUAGUAGAUACCAAUGAAUCAUCGUUGCAAGCUGGCAGAGAUGCGGCCUGUCUUGCCUCACAGAAUUUGGAGAACUUGUACGACUGCAAGGAUUUGCUCAGCUUCCAAAACAUGGAUUUCAGUGUCGCAGCUGAGCAGCUUCCGGCAGAGAUUGACCUGGUUGUGGCAUUGCACGCUUGUGGAGGCUUGAGCGAUGCUGCUUUGGACUUUGCAAUUUCGCGGCAGAUUUGUUUCGUGAUUUGUCCAUGUUGCCAUUUAAAGCAUCAACACUUGGAGCCAAAGCAUGGCUGGUCGUCCCUUUGUGAUGUUGCAAGUUUGUCAGAGGUGGACAUGAGAAAUGAAGACCCCAACGAAAAGGCCAACCAAAUCCUGCGAAGACUGGCAGAAAUCGAUCGCAGAGACAUCUCUUGGCGUGCUCUCUACAUCAUUGCAGCUUUGCGGCUUGAGGUUGUGAAGAGGUCCGACAAGAGCAGACGCAUCAAUUGCAAACUGGCUACCUUUGCACAAGAGUAUUCCUUGAGGAACCUGGUCCUGGUUGGAGAUAUUUUGAGUGCACCUGGUUAAAGCCACUGGGAGGGAGCAGCAGUUGGACUGUGCGGAACAUUCCUACUCACGACCACCUUGGAGAACUUUGGUGUGAGGCAUUGGAGGCCACCACGUGCUGAGAUUGUUCAAAAACUUUGGCUGUUGGACAAUUCCAUCUCUCUGGACUCUCAUCGUUUCGGAAAUUUCUGCAGAGGUGCCUCAACAGCUAGAAACGGACAGCAUCGUUCCAAGUCCAAAAGCCACCAGGCGCAAGAAGACACCGAUGCCUUCGGAUGCUACUGAAUGUCGGUGUCUUCUGGGGCCAUGUGGCACCGGCAUUGAUCGCCUUCACAUUCUGUGGCCAACCGCUGUACCUGGAAGUGCUUGCAGCACCUACCAGUUUUUGGAUUUUGUUUGGUUUGUGCAGCUCUAAUGGAACAGUCAAUGCAGCUUGCAAGCGCAACAUUUGCCGCGACCGCGAGCGGUGGUGAAAUUGAGCUAGCAAAGAGGCACAGGAUCAAACAUUCGCAAACAUGUUCAAACCAUACUGAGAGAGAUGAGACAGGAUUAGACGUUCAAGGAAUUAUGUACCGCGUCUCCCAAGAGUGAUUCCAUCAAUGAAAACAACCCAUCCGG